CCACAAACUGCCUGCGUGGCCAGUUGUCCAUGAUUUGGUUGAUAGUACAGGUGUCCGUUGCUUGAAGUGUAAUUUUUGGAAAAUAUAGUAUAAUUGCAGGGUAGAAAAGUACUCAAAAUGGGUCGUCUGAAGGGCAUUCCAGACGCACUGUCACCCGACAUCCUUCAUCUGCUAGCAGUCACUGGGCAUGGAGACCAAAUCGUGCUUGCUGACAUGAACUUCCCAACGCACAGCUUGUGCAUGGGAGAGGGACGGCCUAAGGAGUACCGAGCUGAUGGGGUGUCUAUCUCAACACUACUGCCUGCCAUCCUGCAACUCAUGCCGCUGGACUGGUACCAUAAGUGGCAGAUGGCCGUGAUGGAGAUGACGCCCGAGGACCAAAAGAAAAGCGGGUCCAAUUUAGCGCCCGUGGUUGAGAUCUACCGCGAUGUGGCCAACAAGUGUGAAGGUGUUACCGACAAGUCCGUCAUAAUCCAGCCCAUCGAGCGCUUCGCCUUCUAUGAAUACUGCAAAUCAACCUUCGCCAUCAUACAAACCGGAGAUACCACACCGUAUGCCAACGUCAUCCUGACACGAGGGGUCUGCUGAGCUUGGGACGAUUUCUUCGUGCCGGCGGAGAAAAUCUCAGCUGGAUCGAUAAAAAAUCCUUUUUUUCUUGAUGAUAAUAAAUAAAUGAAACACUU